UGGGGAUGGAGGUGGAUUUGGAGGGUGGGCAGCGGAGGGAGUUGGAGAUGGAGGUGGAGGUGGAGCAGGAGGUUGAGAGGCCGCAGUUGAUGCUCGAGCAGGCGCCGAAUGGGAAUGGUAACGGUGGUGCCGGAGCAGGCAUAAUAUCAAGCAGCACCCUGGCGGCGCUAAAGGGGUACCAGAUCGGCUCAGGCAGGAAGAGCGCUACUGCUGCUGCGACGGCAUCGUCGACAGGUGGUCCGCUGGUAGCGUACGGCAGCGAUUCAGACGAUUAAAACUCACUCAAUGCCUGGAUAGGAAGAGAGGAGCAGGAGAAGGAGGUAGAGGAGGAUGUUCUUGUAAUAAUAUAUACCCACAAUGGCAUGGCAUGGCAUGGCAUGGCGUCCACCACCACCCAGCCAAACCAAUCAACGAAACCAGUCAGUCAGUC